GUCAUGCAAACAUGCGGAUUGUGUACGGAAGCAAAGUGCCCUCGGAAAUGUAGCAACGCUGCAGAGCUAGAUUAUACGGAAGAGCCGAGUUGUCAUUCACACACACAGCUUUCAAUGAACCGGUCCAGGCACGGGUCGAAAUGCACAGCGGUGGACCGAACCCAAUCUUGCUUCGGGAAAAGGCUUAGUUAGAUCCGGUUCGACCAGGCAGGUUCAAACACAAUUAAAAUGAGUUCGCAGGAGGUGUUGAGCAGCGCUACAAAACUAGCCUCGUAUAACGUGCUGCUGCAGGUUAUGUUUCGAGGGCUUACCUUUGUGCUCAAUGCUUUCACGCUUCGCUUCGUGUCCAAAGAAAUCAUCGGGGUGGUGAAUGUGAGGCUCACACUGCUCUACUCCACCGUGGUGUUUCUGGCAAGAGAAGCCUUUCGUAGGGCCUGUCUGAGCGGAAGCACAGAGCAAAACUGGACGCAGGUCAUCAACCUUCUGUGGCUAACAGUGCCUGUGGGGGCGCUGUGGUCGGUUAUGCUGGGCUGGGUUUGGCUGUGUCUGCUGGAGGUUCCUGACCCGGCCGGUACCCCUCACUACGAGGUUGGGGUGCUGCUGUUCGGACUCUCCGCAGUGGUGGAGCUCCUGGCAGAGCCCCUGUGGGUGCUGGCCCAGGCGCACAUGUUCGUGAGACUGAAGGUGAUUGCUGAAAGUCUGUCCAUCAUUGUGAAGUGCCUCCUGACUGUGCUGCUUGUGCUUCUGGUUCCUCACUGGGGCCUCUACAUCUUCUCGCUGGCUCAGCUCGCUUACACCAGUUUCCUGGUGCUGUGCUAUGUUUUGUAUUUCGUCAAGUUCCUCGGAUCCCAGGAAGCGGAGAAGUCGUCUUUCCCUCUCUCCAGGGUCCGUGAUUUAUUACCGAAAUGCACAAGAGACAAGCCAGUGGUUAACUGGAGACUGGCCAAACUGACUUGGAGCUUCUUCAAACAGUCAUUCCUCAAGCAGAUCCUAACAGAAGGUGAACGCUAUGUCAUGACCUUCCUAAAUGUGUUGAAUUUUGGAGACCAAGGAGUGUAUGAUAUAGUGAAUAACCUGGGCUCUCUGGUGGCCAGGUUCAUCUUCCAGCCCAUUGAAGAGAGCUUCUACAUCUUCUUUGCCAAAGUGCUGGAGAGGGGGAAGCAAGCCAAGCAGCAGAACACGGAUGACGUUACCAUGGCAGCAGCGGUUCUGGAAUGCCUCUUGAAGCUGGUGCUUCUGAUUGGCCUGACCAUCACGGUGUUUGGCUACGCCUACUCUCACCUGGCCCUGGAUAUUUAUGGAGGGUCCUUGCUGAGCAGCGGAUCAGGUCCCAGUCUUCUCCGGUACUACUCCCUGUACGUGCUGCUGCUGGCUGUCAACGGUGUGACCGAAUGCUUCACCUUCGCUGCUAUGAGCAAAGAACAAGUUGACAGGUAUAAUUUCGUGAUGCUGGCACUGUCCGCCUCCUUCCUCAGCCUCUCGUACUUCCUGACCCAGUGGCAGGGCAGCGUGGGGUUCAUCCUGGCAAACUGUCUCAACAUGACGCUGCGCAUCGCUCACAGCGUGCGCUACAUCCAGGGCUACUUCUCCCACAGCUCCUCCAGGCCUCUGGCUGGCCUGCUCCCCUCCCCAGCCCUGCUGCUGGUCUUCCUUGGCAGCGCAGGGCUCACCGCCCUCUCGGAGGUGUUGUUGUGUUGUGAUAGCGGCUGGAUCUCACGGCUGGUGCAUAUAGCCGUGGGGGCUGUGUGUCUGCUGGCUGUUCUGAUCACAGCGUUCUUCACCGAGACCAAAUUAGUUCAUUUUAUAAGAACUCAAUACUUAUCCCGUUACACGAAAAAGGGAAUGUAACCAAGGGAUGGCUAGCUAUCUGUCUGUGUCUGUCUGUCUGUCUCUAUCUGUCUGUCCGCAUAUCGAUCUGUCUGUCUGUCUGUGUAGUACCAGUGGUUUACUGUGGUAAACCUGCAAGUGUGAUUGUUAAAAUGCAUUAAAAAAAAUAAUGAUUGCAUUUCUGAUACACCAUAGAUUGUAGAGCAUGGAUAGCUGUGUAAUUACAUUGUGAUAACUGAGUAAUUACACGGUGCCAACUGUAUAAUUAUGUGUAAAUAGCCUUUGUGAACAACUACAUGUUACCUGAUGUGAUUCCAUGGUACAGGCCAUUGUGAUGUCAUCACACACUUAUUCACUAGCAGGUACAGUGCAAGUGCAGAAGUGAUUGGUAGUUGCUUGGUUAUUACUGUGCAUGGUUAUGUGUGCCCUGUAAUCUCAUGAGCUGCUCGUUUUGUAUGUUAUAAAAUGUUACAGUACUGGGAACAAAGGAACAUGAGUGUAACCUCAUUAUGUAAAGUAAAUAUUGAAGAGAUCAACACAACAUUCUCUUACCUGUUGUGUGUGCUGCACUUUCCUUACUGCGUCAAAAUGUACCAGUGACACCUUCAUUUUAAAAGGGGUAGCAGGGCGUGCGGUUUUAAUUUUUAUUACCUAGAUUUACCUUUCCGUGAAUGAAUUUGUUGCAGUAAAUCACCACGCCGUCGGUCAGAGCUGUGUGUUUAAUAACUCCGCUGUGGGUUUUGUUGUCAGUUAAGUUUUAUCAUUGUACAUUUUGAGUGCAUCCUCUCACCAGUUCAGUUUGUUCUUGCUGCUGAGAGAUCAAGUAAAGGGCUGCAGAAGACCUGGUUGGGCAGCGCUUUACAUUGAAGUGUUACAGAGCUACCCCCACAACUGUGUUCAUAAGAAACCCGUCUCUUUCCUUUCCUGUAUUUGCUGUGGUUCGUAUCACAGGCAGUUUGUUUUGCAUGUUAAUAAUCAGGUUGAUGAUUUCUUGUUCUUUGCUUUCUUGAAGCACAUCACAGUACACGGUACAGCUGUCCAUUUAAAAGCUGCGUCCCUUUUAAAAGAACAUGCAGUAAUAUAUGGUGCAGUCAUACUUUCUCCUGCAGUGUGUUUUGCACAAGGAAGGGAAGUGAAUUCACUACAGCCUGUCUUCCAGCAGGGGCUGCUGUUUCAUAACGUCUUGCCAUCUGCAGCCAAGCAAUCUGUGUGAAUGCAGGCAAAGCCACAGAGGCACCUUGAAUCAGCCUCCUGUCAAAUCCUGACACAGCUCGGAGUUCCUCAGGAUAAUGAUGGAUGAUGCCCACGUGGAGCAGAAGCUUUCUCCCUGUCAGUGAAUUCCUCUGAAGACAGGUUUCCACCUCCACGCAGCGUUCUUGAUCAGAAUAACCUUCUUAAAGCCUGCUGGAGAUGCUCUUCUGUUUUUAACCCAAGUCUGCACCCGAUUGCUGUAUGCUGUGAUUCAGGGGCAUUCUCUGUUAAACGGGGGAUAUCGUAUUUUGCAGAAAACGACCCACUUCUCUUAAUGAAUCGCGGUCUUUCCCAGGUUCCGUGACAGCCGAUCACCCUGAAUGGACAACGUGCGGAAGCGAAGAACUGGAGCCUAAAAGGAUCAAGGUCAUUUUUGAAUGAAAACUGAAAGACGGUAAUGCUGACGUUCACAUGCAGAAGGGAUGAAUGUGCUGGCAGAAUUUUUUUUUUUUUUUGACCAGGCAGCACGCAGUGUGUCGAGGCUGGUUUGAUUCAUUUCCCAUUGAACCUCAGUCAGUCCCCUUGUUCACUAACUAACUCAGUAUCCCAGAAAAACGUAAAGCACCCCCUAUUCAUAAAUGGUCAUGUAUAUUGACACUAAACUUUACGCUGACAGGAAGGCUGAUCAUUUUUAGAAACGUAGUGUUUUUUUUAUUUUGUAUUCGGCUUCUCUUUGCCCAAACGAAGGCUGCUUAACUGAAAGGCAAACAGAUCCACCCCGAGGUUACAUAUGGCCAACACAUGACAACGCGCUUUGUCAUUUUUAUUGCAGAAAAUUUGCGUUCAAGUUUUUUAAAGGAUUAGGCACACUUCCUCUGAAGUUCUGCCGAAAUGUAUUCAGAUUCUUUUAACUGGUUAUUCACUUAGCGGAUGGACAUAUUUCUCUGCGCCCACAUUAAAAAGUUCUAUGAAACCCUCCAGCAUCUGCCAGAAAUCCAGUGGAUUUAUUCAGUUUAACUGAGGCAGGCUUGGCACCACUAUAGAACGUUUUUAUCAUAAAUCUAGUAAAGUCUAAUAAACUUGCACGGGUUGUAUUGGCAGUGGAUAGAAAUCCAUUCUUGCAGCGGUAAUUGCAGAAUGUGUUCUGUAUUCAUCCCAUGGGAAUGACAUUGGGCUGAAGUGACCUCCUGUAUUGAUUGUGGAGACACCAGUGAUAACGCAGCAGCGUUCAGUGAAUCAGCUUACCACUAACCACGUCUCUCCUCAUACAUGUGUGUGGAAUUGAACAGCUGAUCUGGUUAUAACCAAAUGCAAGGAGGCUAGGAGUCUGGGUUUGGAUUUGGACAGACAGACAUUAUCAGCGCAGAAGGCUUGACACAAUGAGGACAGUGUUUUGCUCCGUGUUGCUUUCAGGGGACAUCGUACGGGAGCUCAGGACCUGGACUCUUCAAGUGUUGAUUAUUUAUCUUGUGAUCUCAGCAGAACUCAUUUUUAUUGUCAUUGUUUUUCAUGUCCUCAGUGAGCCUACAUUGUAGCAUUCGUUUCAUUUUUUAUUGGUAGAGUAAAAUAUAUUGUGUUGCUGAAAA